AUGGAAAACAGUCAACAACUGCUCGAGCUAGAGAGUCUUGCGGUCGACCGAGGCGAAACGGGCCGACGCCCUCCCGGCAAGUUGCGUUCGGCCACCCGCAGCCCGACGGCCGUGGCAAGAGGGUGCCCCCUGGAGGACGGCCUCUCAGGCCUCCGCAACCUGAGCGGUCCGAGAGGACCAUCUAUGGCACUCUGGCUUCUAGUUGGCGACAUGUCGCCCGGUCCUUCCUGCCGCCCUCUUCUCCGCCUUGUCUUGUGCACCGCCUCCUCCCUCGCGUUCCCCGGCUCUCUCCCGUACUUCUCUUCCUUGCGAGACCUCACUCCCCGACGGUCGCUUGCAUCGCCUGUUUCCUCGCCUGCCGCUGCCGCGAGUCUCUCCUCGCCCCAGUGCCUUGCUUUUGUCGCACUCCGUGGUCCUCGAGUCUCCGCUGCGCCCGCGGCUUGCGUUUUUGCGCGAACUUCACCCCAGAGAACGAUGAGGGACUCAGACGGGCCGAGCCGCUUCGGACGCCGCGUGAGCGAUCAGCUCAUGUCGCUCGACAGCUCGGCCUCGCUGGCGGCAACGCCCAAGCCGACGAAGGAGCAGCUCCUCGCGGACGAACACGAAGGCCGCGUAGCCAGUAAGGUGGACGUCGGCGCCGUGACAGAUGCCGCAGGCGAGAAGGACAAAGAGGACUUCCGGGAGGGAGGCGCUGAAGGGAAAGGCGCCGGAGGGGGUCGCGGCGACGGAGCGGUCGGAGACGAGGAGUUCUACGCUGAAGGUGUCGCGGCCGUGAGCAUGGUGGCGGAAGAUGAACUUGAGGCGCCGCUGCGAAUGUUGAGUUGGUGGGCGGCGUUACUGCCGCAGACCCGCGGAGAAGUGAUGACGGAGCUGGGCGGGAGCUACUUGUUUUUCGUCCAUGGUGACUCUCUGAUUCUUCAUUUGCUACGGAAGAAUUACGUCGACUUCGACGUCGAACAAGGCAUCCAGCCCUUGCUGUACAUGCACCUGAUCGAGAAGCAGCUUCUGUCGCUCAUCUCCGCUGGCGCCAUUCUCCACCUCGUGUUCUUCCGCGUCUUCGAGGACGUGGUUGUCGGCGGAGACUCCCGCGACGCCGUUCCUUCGAUGUUCCUCCUGAUUCGCGAGCAGCUCCUCCUCUACUUGUCCGUGAUGAAGGUCGACUUCACCGUCGUCGACGACUGGUUCUCGGACGACUGGCGCAGCCUCAUGAAGCGCAAACACCCGACUUUCCUCCUCAUCGACGACAUCCACUUCUCGCCGGAGGAGACUGGCGAAGCAGAGGACGAAGACGAAGAGGAGGAAGAAGAGGAAGAAGCUGAAGGGGGACAGAGUGCGCGGCAGGCGCUGUGGAACCUCCCGGCAGGCUUGCCGACGGAGGUGAUCACGCUGCAGGAGGAGGCGAAGAAGAACGUUCAGCAGCGAGGCCGCGCGUGGAUCUCGUACCUCCUCCAGUCUCUGAUGCUUGCGUCGCUCUCCAGAAACCUUCAUGUGGCGCUCAUGCACAACUCCGUGUACAAGAAGACGAAGGCGUACUGUCUGGCCAUCGCCCCGACCGUCGCCGGCGCUCUCUGGGUGCAGUUGGAGCGGAGACGGAGGGCAGACGAAGACCGCCGCAGGGAGGCCGCCGAGGCCGAGGACAGAGCGCUGCUGGCAGGGGUGGAGUCCGAUAUGGCCGCGAACGAGCCGCUCGAGGCCAUCGAGGAGUUCCACGCUCGAGAGCUCAUGCUCCGCGCUCUCGAGGUGUACAGAGACCUGCUGCUGCCGGAAAGGGAAGAGGAAGAGGUUGAGAAGGAGAAGGAAGAAGAGGCGCAACUCCUCGAGGAAGUGAAGAAGAUCGGCAAGGGCGUUGGCGGCACUGGCGGCGCCGGCGGCCUCAGACAUCUCCUCGCGGAGAAGUUCUGCGUCUUCCUGCGCGCCAUCGCCGAAGAGGAGGAAGCCGCAGAGGAUGACGGAGAAGACGAAGGUCAGGAACAAAUCAAACAGUUCCUGGCCGUCGGCAAAGUGCUCUUCAUGACGGCGACAGUCAUGGGCGAGCUCUCCAUCCGCGAAAGGAGUCACUACACUGUGUCUUCGAAGGCUCCUUUCAUCACCGAGUAUCUCUACGCGCCUCUGAAGCUCUACACCACCGAGGCAACGAAGACGCUGCGGCAGCUCCGGUCUCUGUACACCUCGUCGGCGGAGGUCGCAGAGGAGCUGCAGAAGUCCGUUUUGAUUCCUGAGCAGGUCGCGGACUUCUUCGACGGGAAACUCUUCUUCACCGUGAUGGCGCAUGCCUGCGACUUUGCGCGGACGUCCGCGAACUGGAACUUGCCGGCGUCGUUCUUUGGCGUCACACCGGCGGGUCUAGAGAGGUUGGACGGCUGUUGGCAAGCCGUCGUCUCUGAGGGCGCGCAGGCUUCGCUGUUUCUUCAGCCGCUCUUCCCCAUCGACUUGCAGCCGCUCGCGUCUCAGUUGGAGGCUCUGCAGCUUCCUCUCGCGGAUGUGCCAGAGGAAGGCGAGGAGACGGAGCCUUCCGCCCACCUCCUCACCCUCCACAACAGUUUUCUGAGGAAGUUCCGGGCGGCGGGGCCUGAAGGUGCGUUACCACAUGCGCCGGUGACCUCGCUCGAGAACUCCGCGGCGCUCCGCAGACAAGAGAUGCAGAUUUGCAGAGAAGAAGAAGAGAGCACAGAGGAAGACAGCGACAAAGACCGAGAAGAACUGAUUGACCGCGUCGAAGAAGCUGCGAACGACACGUUCGUCGAAUCCUCUCCCGACGGAGCUCUCGACUUUGCAAAGCUGCAAAUGUGCUACCUAAACAGCCAGGAGUACACGCCGCCGGAGCGCGAACUCCAGAAGAUGGAACACAUGAACGGCGAACAGAAGAGGAAGCAUCUCGACAUGCUGGAGCGUAAACGAAAGCAGCAGCUGCAGGUGACCAUUCGUCGCAAGGCAAAGAGUUUGUGUCCGUACCCUCUGCACUUGCCGAUUUCGGGGGCGUACGACGAGAGCCAUCCGUGGAUCAAGCUCGACGAAGAGGAGCAGCUGCGUCGGGAGGAGGCGGAGCGCGCGGCGGCGCAGGAGGGGAAGAAGAACGAGAAGGGGAAGAAGAGCGAGAAGGAGAAGAAGGAGAAGAAGGCGAGUGCAGCGAAGGCCGGCAAGGAGGAUGCAAAACCGCUGAAGAAGGCCGAUUUGAUUCGCAUGAAAAACGCAGGCAUCCAGCAGAAGAAGGUCCAAAACCUGGACGCGGAACGGCUCGCUGACCUCGAGAAACGGCUGGAGGCUCUGUGCGCAGAGUACAACGUGCUGUCAUGUCGCGCGACGCUGCAGUCUUCGUUCGCCUACGCCGGCUGUACGUACAGCCUGAGCGCGGCGAAUCUCCUGGCGCUGCUGCUGGACGUACUGGUGGGGCCGAGUCGGCGCAUGUCGCUGAUUCUCGGUUUUCCGUACGUCACGCAGCUCCUCAAGAUGCGCGAUGCACAAAGAAGUUUCAUCAUGAAAGUGCAGAAGCUGGCGUCCGACGCCUUCGCCGGCUUCAACAAAGAAUGCGUCGACUCCAAAGCGCACUUUGCGGAGAUGCAGAAGCUGUUCAACGCGGUGUUCCGAAUCAACAUCGAAGCGUUCCGCAUGUUCAAAGGAGAACUGGAGGGGAAGGACAUCGAGGAGAUUCAGAAAUCCCUUCUGUCGCUCGGCUUCUGCCAGGCAGCGGAGCGCCUCUUCGAAGAGUGGAAGGAAGCGCGUCUCGCGUAUCUGGAUGCACAGAAGGAGCAAGAAGCAGAAAAGGCAGAGCAACAGAUGCUUCUCGCCGGCAGUGGAAAGCCGGGGAAAACCAAGGAAAAGAAAGGAAAGGACAGGGCAGAUGCGAAGCAAGGCGGCAAAGCCGGGAACGCCAGCAGCAAAGCGAGAAACGAACGACUUGCAGCGCUGGAUGUCCAUCGCGUCGCUCGCGCUGCACUCAACGACUUCCGAGUAAAGAAAGGAUAUGAGGCGCAAGUGCAGCUUCGCUUCAUGGGCGGAGAUUUCCAGAGAACGACAGGCUCGCGGACGAAGAAGGAUCCUCGAGUUCUGUUCACUCCUGAUUACUGGCAAGUGCGUCUGCUGGAUCUGAUCGACCGGCGCGAAAGCGUCUUCGUCACAGCGCCCACAUCUAGUGGAAAAACGUUCAUUUGCUUUUACGCCAUGGAGCUCGUCCUCCGCUGUCCGUUGAGAGGCGAAAAGGCUAUCGAUAACGACGCCGUCAUCGUCUACGUCUCUCCUAGCAAAGCUCUGGCUGACCAGGUUUACGCAGAAGUCCACGGACGCUUUUCAAGCAAAACUUAUGCGGCAAGUGGAUCGCGAAAAUACCUCGCUGCCAACUUCGUUGAGCGCCAGAACUCAGAGCCUCCCCUCAAUGCCCAGGUUAUCGUGACUCUGCCGCACAUUCUGGAGAUGCUCCUAAUGAGUGGCGCGUUUGCGCGCUGGAAUUUGAAUCUGCGUUAUGUGAUCUUGGAUGAGAUCCACUGCAUCAGCGAAGAAGAAGGAGGCUCUCAGUGGGAGCGACUGAUCAAGCUGUUGCCCUGCCCUUUCUUGGCAAUGUCUGCGACGGUGGGGAAUCCGGAUUCCUUUUUGCACUGGAUGCGUUCGGCGAAUCCUAGCACUCCGAUUACGCACAUCGACUACAAAGAGCGUUUCUCCGAUCUUCACAUGGUUCUUUACCACGAGAAAAAGCUGUUGCCUCUCAACCCUGUUUGUUCGGUUCACUACGACAAGGUAAAGCUCGGUGGUCUGGCUAGCGACUUCUACGUCCCGCCUAACGAUGGGUUGAGUGUCUACCUUUUUGUUUCUUCUUUGCUCGGAGAAAAGCAUCCUUUCUCGCGGCACUUUUUCCCGGAAUUCUACUUCGAGGGGUGCUCUGCAAUCACGAAGAAACAGUACAGGUGGUACUGGAACACGAUGCGCGAAGCGCUGGUGGACUUGGUGCAGAGCGAAGAAAUGACGGCCGCCCAGUUCGCCGAAUUCCAGCAAGCGCUGCAAGACGAUCCAGCUACCGCGUGGACAAGAGAACUGACUUUCUUUGAAAACGUAGAAACACCCAUGGCCGGUGCCGUCGCAAAGGCGCUCGCAGCCGGCAAGGCUGCGGCGAAGAAGGUGGAGAGCGAGAAGGCGACGGAAGCACAAGACGAAAAGUCAAACUACCUCGAGACGGUGAUGGAGCAGACAGAAUUCUGGAAAGCGUACCUCGAUGCCGAUAACCUGAUCGCGCUCUGCCGGCAGCUGGACGCCGCAGAGUUGCUCCCCUGUCUGAUCUUCAACUUCCACCGUCAGGAAAUUCGUCAAAUGGUGUUGUCCAUGACGAAGCGCCUGCAGCAACUUCAGCGUGAUAAGUACUACGGGACCGAGGAGGCUGCCUACCGCACGCGUCUUGCCAACAAAAAGCGCAUGGAGCAGUAUCAGGCAGCACUGGCUCAGAGAGAAAUGGAGGAGAAGAUGCGCGGCUUAUCGUGGCAGCAGCGAGAGGCUCAGGGGCUGGGGAAGAACGAGACCGGAUCUCUCGAGGACGAAGGUCUGCCGCCGCCUCCCAUCGACAUCGCCGAAGAAAUCGAUCCUGAAUUCUCUUUCGCAUCUCUCAAGGCCAUGGGAACGAAUUUCGACGACAUCAAGGACAUUCUUGAACGCGUGAAGCGUCGAGCAGUGUCGGCGACAGAUCGUCUGUUGGUGGAGGCUCUUCGACGCGGCAUCGGGGUCUACGACAACGGCCUGCCAAAGGCCUUUAGAGAGGCAGUAGACAUUCUUUACAGAAUCGGGUAUUUGCGCAUCUGCAUUUGCAGCAACGCACUUGCCCUGGGAAUGAACAUGCCUUGCCGAACCUCCGUCUUUGCCGGAGACUCAUUCAUGCUGACGCCCACCAUGUUCAAGCAGUCGGGUGGUCGUGCUGGGCGUCGUGGCUACGAUGCGGCAGGUUACAUUCUUUUCUGGGAAGUUCCGUUCAGCAAAAUCAAUCGCCUCCUUGAAGCUCGCCUCCCGAUCUUUGGUGGAGACUUCCCUGUCUCUCCCAUGCUGACUCUGCGAACCCUGCGUUACCACGAGCAGCUGGAACGCCUGGCCGUGGAGGGAGACGUUUUGAACGCGGCGACGGUCGACCAAUGGGAGGCUGCUUUGCUGCGCCUGUAUCUUUAUCCUCUCUUUGCUGUGUCAAAAGACAACACUCGGCCGAGCGUCGCGUACGAGGAGAAUCUCCGUCUCUACGUUCGCUUCCAAUUCAGGUUCAUGACCGACCUGUUGCAGCGUCUCGGUCUCCUUCAUGACGGCCGCGUCGAAGACGGCUUCUCUCAUGGCAUCAGCUUGUGGGGGCACAUGGUGGAGUUGAGCUACCAACAAGAAACAGCGGGAUUCCUGCUCCAUUUCCUUCUCUUCUCAGGUCUCCUCGAGGAACGGCUGUCAGAGCUGAAGAGCGAGAAGGCGAGAGAGGCGCUUUUGCUUCACUUUUUAGCCUCGUGCAUUUGCCAGCAAAGCGUGACUUCCGGGCAGCUGCUUCGGCACAAACUUCGACACGAACGAACGAUGGCGCACGUCCGGCAAGAGGUCGGUUUCCAGAGGGGCGCUGUGGUGGCGACCGAGCAGACAGGCGACGUUCCUCAGUUCCGUCCGUUCAUGGCUUUGCUCCCCGAUGACGUCGAACUGGCCGUCCAAGCGUACAACGAAAUGGCGUUCCUGACGGCUGUGCGUUGUUUGCGAGCUGCGAGCACGCUGUUGGCGACUCGAGAGGCCAGCGCGUCGGAAGUGGAGUUGCCGUUUGCGCAUGCGUCUUUCCCCCGCGAGUCGAAGACAGACACGAAGCCCGCGACGCAGAAGGACGCGUGCGUGUGCCGGGAAGACUCGCAGUUCUUUCAGCUCUAUCAGCGCCGCGUUCGCGGAGGCAAGAUUCGCUCGCCGUUCGCGGCGAUUUGCUGCCGCGCUGACUCGGAUUUCAAGUCUCUCGCAGAACUCCAAGACUCUGUGGGCGACUCCACGCCCUUCUACCCGGAGACGAUGAGUGCAGAGCUGCCCUGCGCGUACACCUGGAUGCGGUACUGGGAUCCGAAGCUCAAGCGGGAAGUCAAGGCCAAGGUGCGCCACCAGAAUCAGUACUUGAUGGAUCUUCGCGUCACAGGCACUUUCAAGCACGUGACGAGAUUCGACGAAGUCAGCCCCGGAAAAAUCUGGUUUUUAGUCCACAACUUCGUCGACACGCUUCUCUAUCUCAAGCGUACCCCGCCUCAGUGCGCGGAAAAAAAUCCAGUCUCGCACUCAGUGAUUGCCUGCCUGCACCAGACGAUGAACGAAAUCUUCGAGAAAGAAAGCAAGUAAUGAACAGCAGGUUUGCACUUCCGACGAGGACACCACCGUAACUGUCAUCGAAGAGACACGCCAAGCAGUGAACCAACAGAAACCACUUUUUUCGCUGCACUCCAGCCCCUGGUCCGACCGACGUGGACGCCCGUUACGUUUUUUUGCCGCCGCAGCCGUUUUUCGUUGCUGUACGCACAGGGAGAACCCGUUUAUCCGAUGAGUGGAACGAAGGAAGCAGGAAACGAUAGCUUCUAGGCUGGAGAGUCUUUGCCAGCACCUGCACCUGUCGCUUGAAAGAAGCAGCUUUCCCUGCUGGGGAGGAGAAUGUCAAAUUUUCGAAUGGUGGAACUGACGGGCCAGAUGCUUUCGAAAUCCUUGAGUUCGUCUCUGAAAACGGCGACCUCAAUGUUGCCGGCUCCGCAGUAUUGGCGUAUCACUGGUAUACGGAUACCCCCUCUAUUUCGUGGUAGUGCAGCAUGGACCAUUUAAGCACGCAUGAAGUCAACAGCGACUUUCAGGGUGGCCCUCACAAGCGACAGCGCCAAAACGUGAAAGCAAGAAAUAUCUCUGGAAACCCUGAGGACGUCCUCCCUCUAUUACCACAACGUGUGUUUCUAGAGUUGCUUCCGGAGUAGCCCCGUCACUCCACCGUUACUUCUAUCCAGCUAAACAGGGCUUACCUAGCGCCGACGCCACGCGUGUUCCCUGUCUCCCAUUACAGACACUUUCACGGUUGAAACAAACGGCAGAGUUCGGCGGCACUAGGUGUUGUGCCUCAGAGGAUCUGGUGCUGGAAUCCCGAUAUCCGUUAAUAUAUCUACUUUCGUGUUACAGGCCUUGUUUCAGAAUUAUAAUGAAAACUGACGCGAUAUCCUUGCAUAUGCUUAUUCCGGCCCUAGUACUACGGAAAAAAUUGACUUUGGCGUUUGCGGUUAGAUAGAAAGCUUGACCCGCAAAAACGCCAACGCAGGCGUCCACAGA